AUCGAUCAUCGGCAAAUAUAAAAAGGUACCGAAACGAACGAACCUCAGUAUAUGUAAUCGAACGCGCCCGUACAAAGAUGGCGGCCGCUGAAGAAAAUCUAAGGGAAAUAUACCCAAACCCAGGCUCCAAAACGAAAUCAGAUGUUUGGAAAUUCUUCGGAUUUUAUAAAAUUAAUGAUAAUGAACCACCAUCAAAAAAGAAUUUGGAUACAACGCAAGCUGUUUGCCGUCUAUGCCGCAAGAUUUACAGAAAUACAGGAAAUACUACGAAUUUCAGAGCCCAUAUUGACGGGGAACACAAAUUACCGUCGGGAAAUUCCACACAAUCGCGAUCAGACAAAGUUGAAACAAAAUUAGUUCAACCAACAAUAUCGGCUGCAUUUGUCAAAAGAUGUGAUGUUGUAUCAGGAUUUUACAGAACAUAA